AUACACGUUGUCAUUCACCCUCUUACCGCCGUAUCAUCAUGGCUUCUCUGUAUGCUGAGAUCAGUGCGUUCGAGACUGGGACCUUGAAGGUGUCGGACAUCCAUACACUCUAUUACGAGAUUAGCGGGAACGAGAAUGGGAAGCCGGUUGUUUUCUUGCACGGUGGUCCUGGAGGAGGGACCAGCGAGCUUGACCGACGAUACUUUGACCCAGAAGUGUACAAGAUCAUUCUCUUUGAUCAGCGUGGGUCCGGGAAGUCCACUCCUUCAGCUUGCCUUGAGCACAAUACCACCUGGGAUCUGGUCGAGGAUGUUGAGCGUAUUCGCAAGCAUCUGGGCAUUCAUAAAUGGGUUGUCUUUGGAGGAUCUUGGGGUUCCACACUCGCUUUAGCCUAUGCCGAGACAUACCCAGAGCCCGUGAAAGCUCUUGUGCUCAGAGGUAUAUUUACUCUGCGGAAGAGUGAACUGGUGUUCUUCUAUCAGAAUGGCACUUCUCAUAUUUUCCCCGAAGCCUGGGACGAGUUCAUUGCGCCCAUUCCCGAAGCAGAGCGCGACGAUAUGAUGAAGGCGUAUCACAGCCAACUGAACUCUGAUGACGAUGCGAUACGUCUCCGGGCGGCUCGAGCCUGGUCGAAGUGGGAGAUGAGUACUUCCCGCAUGAACCUGGACCUGGAAGCUGUAGAACGCGCAGCUCAGGAUGAUUGGGCCAAUGCAUUUGCUCGCAUUGAAAAUCACUUCUUCUUCAAUGAGGGCUGGAUGAGAGAUGGGCAACUCCUUGAGAAACAGGCCAUUGACAAGAUCCGCCACAUUCCUACGGUGAUUGUCCAGGGCAGAUAUGACGUGAUCUGCCCAGCAACCACAGCAUGGGCGCUCAAGAAAGCCUUCCCGGAGGCCGAAUUCCACAUCGUACCCAACGCCGGCCAUUCAUCCAAGGAAGAUGGUAUCGCGAAGCUCCUGGUAGAGGCAACAAACAAGUUCCGUCACCUGUAGAUGUGAGGGUCUACUGAUACCCGCAUUGAUAGAAGAUUCGGAGCGAAGUUGAGUGCAGAACGAGACCAUUUGUAGUAAAUCGAUACCUGAAAUGAAAGAACAAAUAUGAAGUUGACAUUGCCUGCUUACAUCGAUACUCCCCCAGGAAGGGUUGAGAAGGAUUCUGCGAAUCGCUGAAACUAAACUGGGGACUUGGCAGGCUUUACCGCUGAAGUUCGUACGGCUAGAAGGAUCGCAUUACACACCGUACAUGCAGUGACAUUCAAAAUGGGUUAUCAAGGAACGAUACAGCUACACAGAGUGUGC